UUUUUUUGUUUUUUUUUUGUUUUUAUUUUCCGAAUGUCCAGAACUUCGCAAAGCACUGCCUACUUGACGAAACUAAUUUUGAUGGUGAAACUAUGGGCCACAGCCCGAGUAGUGCCUGAGCAAAGCGGUGAGGGGUGGCAUAGUCGACCGGGGUUUGGUGAGGGCAAUCUAUGCGCAACGCAACAGUAUAAGUAGGUAUAUGUCAAGAUGUGGAAGUGGUCGGAGUAUUGUAUUGCUGUGCUUCCACCAAGGCGUGGGUAGAAGCAUUGCACUGUGUUAGCCUCAGGUGGAAAGCUGUACCACUCUGUAGGACUUAUCUACCUAACUGGCUGCCAAAUCGCCGGGAGGCUGGUAGGUCUUCCUUGCCUGCUCAUCGCCAUGAGGCCCACAUCAGCUACACCAUUACCGAACUGACAUGGCUACUCUCGACACCUUGAAAUGGGCCCUUAGGCAGAAAGCCAGCACGACAUCGUCCCCGAAGCGGUCCCUGUCUGACGCACAGUAUAGCGCUGGCUUCAAAAUCUUGGUGCAGGGCUCAGGAUGGUUGACGUACCAAGACUUCAUUAUCCCUCAACUAUCUCAGCUGCUGGCAUCUCUCCUCCACUCGCGUACCCAUAUCUCGGUGCUAGAAAUCGGACCUGGCCCAAAGACUGUGCUUGGGUAUCUAUCUGGUUGUCUGAGGCAGAAAAUCACGAGAUACGUUGCGUUUGAGCCCAAUGCCUUAUUUGCUACCGGGUUGGAAGAAUGGCUGUGCUCUGCCUCCGAGACGGAGUCGCCGCUGCCCUGUUUGGAGAGCCUGCCUGACAUUCGUCGAACCCCGUUUGUUCUGGGUAGCAACAUAGGGAGCGGUACCGGCGCCGGCACGACUGGCGGGGACGAGAAGUUUGACGUCAUCCUAUUCUGCCACAGUAUGUACGGCUUGAAGCCUAAACAUAGGUUCAUCGAACGCGCGCUGGGAAUGCUUGCCGAACGGCCAGGAGGCGGAAUGGCGGCAGUUUUCCAUCGCGACGGGACCCUGCGUCUGGAUGGAUUAAUGUGUCAUCGAACGGCUUCCUUCCCUACUGGAAUAGUUAGUGUGGCAGAUGAUGACGGGUUACUGGGCCAUUUUUCUCCUUUCAUCGCGGGGUUUGUCAUGCAAGAUGUAGACGUGGACGAGGAUGUCCGGUCUGAGUGGCAUAAAACGUGCCGGGCCUUGGGCCGUCGUGAGGAAGACCACCUAGAUCGUCUCUUGUUCAGCGUGCCUACAGUCAUGGCGACCUUUACGCAACAUGCGACUAUGUUGCCGAAGCUGACGGCGCAGGUGCCAUUGCAGAAGGGGGACAGGAUGGUCAAAAACCGACAGGCUCGCCUCCACCGUCCCGCCUUGGUUGUUAAGCCGACAGAGGUCCGACACGUCCAGCAGUGCGUUCGAUGGGCUCUGGAGCACGGGGCCGGCCUUACCGUCGUCGGUGGGGGUCACAGCGGCCACUGUCUCCAGCCCCACGUCGUUUCAGUCGACAUGGAGGCCUUUGACCGAGUACACAUUCUCACGGCUGGGGAUGAUAGAGGAAAAUCCGGCUCUGAUUCCGGUUCUUGGGUCGUCGCUGAGACCGGCUGCAAGACAGGGGAUAUCGUUCGCAAGGCCAUGGCGGCGGGCUUGACAGUCCCCCUGGGCUCCCGCCCAAGCGUGGGCGCGGGCAUGUGGUUGCAAGGUGGCAUCGGACAUCUAGCUAGGCUGUACGGACUUGCCUGCGACGCUAUUGUCGGUGCGGUGGUAGUCAGCGUCAACUCUGGUCAGGUCUUCUGUGUCGGCCAUGUGCCAAGCCAACACCAACCGGCCGGUGCCGUUCGCCCGGAGCAUGAAGCCGACCUGCUAUGGGCGAUCAAAGGCGCCGGGACCAAUUUUUGCAUCGUGAUCAACGUUACUUUCAAGGCUUUCGCGGCUCCCAAUUAUUUGGUGCGAAACUGGGUCAUCCCGCUGAGGGAUAAUACCGAGGCACAGCUUAGGCUGAGUGAUUUCGACCACUUCGUCGCCAGGAAGCUCCCCCCAAACUGUUCUGCCGACGCGUAUCUAUAUUGGGACAACGACCAGCUGCAUCUUGGCGUGACCACAUUUGAAUCUUCCACGGAUAGACUCGCAUUUGAAACGCCAGCGCCUGUGGGUAAAAUUUUGGGGCUGGAGGAUAAUGGUAAUGAUUACAAUAUCGUGGACGGCGUGGGUUUGUUCGACACCGAGAUGUACAUGUCCGGGAUGCAUGGUGGGCACGGCGGCGGCAAGACCUCAUCGUUCAAGCGAUGUUUAUUCCUGAAACACAUCGGAGCAGUACACAUCGCCGAUAUAUUAGUGGCGGCUAUUCAGGCUCGCCCCUCGCCAUUCUGUUAUCUCCAUCUGCUGCAAGGUGGGGGAGUAGUCAGCGACGUGGCUGCCGAUGCCACUGCCUUCGGCUGUCGAGACUGGGAAUUUGCCUGUGUGGUCACUGGCGUCUGGCCCCGCGACCAAGACGGAACCGAAGCUGCUCAAGAUGCCAUGAGGUGGGUUUACAACGUCGCCAGGGACUUGUUGCCGUUGAGUAGCGGAGCAUACGGUGCCGACCUCGGGCCGGACCCCAGAGACGCGCCGCUGGCGGCCAAGGCUUUUGGACCAAACCGACCGCGUCUGGCUCGUCUCAAACGCAGCUUAGACCCGCGCAACGUGCUGGCUUACGCCUGUCCGCUCCCGAAAGCGCCGAUAGGACAGAAGCUCAUCGUUCUCGUCACAGGUGACAGCUGCGCCGGCAAGGACUAUUGCGCUGGCAUUUGGGCCUCCAUAUUCACCACAUGCACCUCGAAAAGACUCACGGCACGUGUUGUCAGCAUCAGCGAUGCGACGAAGCGAGAAUAUGCGUCGGCUACCGGUGCCGAUAUAGACCGCCUGCUUGGGGACCGUGCCUACAAGGAGCAACACCGGCCUGCGCUGACGGCAUUUUUCCAAGACCAGGUGCGGCAACGACCUCGGCUGCCAGAAGAACACCUGUUGAAUGUGGUGUACAGCGCCGUAGAUGUGGACGUGCUGCUAGUAACUGGGAUGAGAGACGAGGCGCCGGUCGUAGCCUUUUCGCAUUUGGUGCCAGACACUAGACUGCUUGACGUUCACAUCAAAGCGAGCAAGGAGACGCGGCGGGCUCGCCGGGGGUGCCACGGCUGUGGUGACGAUAGCGACGAGGAUAGGGACAGAAAGACCAACAACGGUGGAUCGAGUUCGGCGGCCUUGGACUACCGUCCCAGUGUCACCUUCGAGAACGACACGGCCGGAGACGAGGCGGCGAAAAAGCUUGCCGAGCAGUACCUGCUUCCCUUCCUCCACGAGGACUUGCAGCGACUGGCCGACAUGGUACGUCCGGUACCCGACUUCCCACGUGCAGGCAUCGAGUUCCGCCACGUGCUGGACAUCUCACAACAGCCAGGCGGGCUGAGCCUGUGCGCGUCUCUGCUGCAAACCCGCUUCGCCGGCGACUGGGCCGAAGUCGAGGCGGUGGCUUGUUGCGAGGCCGGCGGCUUCGUCUACGCGUCGGCGCUAGCAGCGCGGGUCGGCCUACGCUUAGUGCUGAUUCGCGAGGCUGGGAAGCUCCCGCCACCGACCGUCUCCGUCACGAAGUCGUCGUCACAUAUCUCGUCUUCGGCAUCGGACGAUUCGAGGGAGCAGAGAAUCGAGAUGAACCGGGGCGUGGUUCCUCGAGGCGCAUCCGUGGUGGUGGUAGACGACGUGCUUGCCACGGGGAAGACGCUCUGUGCGGUGCUACAGCUGUUAGUUGAAGACGGUAUCGAUGCUGAGCGUGUUAGGGUCAUGGUUGUGGCCGAGUUCCCGGCUCACCGUGGCCGAGAGCUGUUGCGCCAGUAUGGCUUUGGCGGAGUCCAUAUUCAAAGCCUUCUGGUCUUUGGUGGCGCCUAGGAGAGGAAGGAGAGGAUCUGGGAGUCUUGGGUUUGCGAGAGGAAUGUCUGGUGAUAUGCGUAAUCCUCGACACAUUCCCCUUGUCGUUUGCUUUGGCGGACAUGAACAUCUUUCCCUUAGACAUAGGUAGGUACCUAGAAGUUAGGGAGAAGGGCGAUUUUGUUGUCGGUGGAUGGCGGGCGGUUGGGCGAAGCCGCGAAAGCAGGUCAGCAAUCCGUGGAAUUGGCACAUCCCUUGCAAGUGAAUGUAC